AUGCCGCCCCCAGCGGACGGCGAAGAGCGUCUUCUAGUGUUUGUCGACGAGCUCCGCGGCCAGCUCGCCGUCCUUCUUGGGGGCCGGGCGGCAGAAGACGUCUGUUUUGGUGGGAGAAUCUCUACAGGAGCAGUAGACGACAUUCGCCGUGCUACAGACGUGGCAUAUAAGGCAGUAGCAGAAUAUGGGCUGAGUGGGACCAUAGGUCCAAUGUCAGUGGGUACCCUGGCGGGAGGAGGGUUGGACGGAGGGGGAGGGUUUUCCUGGGGGGGGAAGGACCAGGGGAGGCUGUCGGAUCAGGUGCAGGAUGAGGUGCAACAACUGUUACAGGCGGCUCUAGAGGUGGCCCGGGCGGUGCUGGUGUGCAACAGAGGGCUUCUGGAAGACCUGGGAAGGACGCUGCAAGAUAAUGAGACGGUGGAGGGAGCAGCUCUGAGCGCUUGGCUGGCGCAAGUAGAGGUGCCGCCACUGCUUAGAACUUUUGUGUACGGGCGGACGGUUGACCUGCCCCUGCUCCCAGCUGAGAGCAGUGAAGAGGAUGCAUGA